UGGGACACGCUCCCCGUCUGCAGCAGCAAGGCUAUGGAUACAUAAGCUCUUCAGAGCGGACGGGAGACAAAGAGCAACGAUGAAAGUAUCGCCGCAAUUCGCACUGUGCGUCCUCUGCGGGGUCCUGUCUGGGUAUUGUCAGGAGGAGGACGUGUCCUGUCCAGAAGUGAAGGUCUUAGAAGUUGGGGAUUCUAAGCAGUUGACCAUUCUUCAAGGAUGUCCUGGAUCUCCAGGCAAAGAGGGAGAGCGAGGACUACCAGGAACCAGGGGGAUCAAAGGAGAUCCUGGGCCUGAAGGACCCUCAGGACCCCAGGGACAAAAAGGUCAAAAGGGGGAUCCUGGUAAUGGAGGGCUUCAUGGACCACCUGGAAAUAAAGGAGACAGAGGAUUGCAAGGAGUGCCAGGAAAACCAGGUUCCAAAGGUGACAGGGGUGCCACGUGUCCAAAGGAAUUUACUGGCGCCAAGAACUGUAAAGAACUGAAGAAAGCCGGCUUUGACCUGACAGGAUGGUAUACAAUCUACCCUGAUGGCAGGCGGCCCCUGGCGGUUCUGUGUGACAUGGACACCGACGGGGGAGGCUGGAUUGUGUUCCAAAGACGCAUGGAUGGUUCUGUGGACUUCAAUCGUGUUUGGAGCAGCUACCAGUCAGGGUUCGGUAGUCAGCUGAGUGAAUUUUGGCUUGGAAAUGAAAAUCUCCAUCGCCUCACAAGCUCAGGAUCAUACCAACUCCGCUUUGACUUGGAAGACUUUGAAGGCAACCGGACGUACGCCAUGUACAGUGAUUUCAAAAUCGAGUCAGAGUCUAACCAAUAUGUCCUGCGAUACGGUUCAUUCAUUGGAGGAACAUCGGGUGAUUCACUAGCAACACAAAAAGAUCAAGCCUUCUCCACCAAAGACCAGAACAACGACAAGUCUAGCAGAGCUGAACAAAGCUGUGCCGAAUACUUCAAAGGAGGCUGGUGGUUCGAAGCCUGCCAUUUCUCCAACCUGAACGGGCAAUACUUGAGUGGGCAACACUCAACCAAGGGCCUAGGGAUCAUCUGGUUCACUUUUAGAGACAACUAUUACUCCCUGAAGUCCUCGGAAAUUAAGUUUCGUCCUGUUUAAAACUAGACAGGUCAUAGUCUGGACGAGGUGGUCAGAUUCUUGUCUGCGUGCAGAUCAGAGAACAUGUAAUUACUAUAGACAGAGGUCUUUUAUACAAGGACUGUCAAUAUUGUAGACCCUAAGACCGCUAUGAGACCAUAUGAGGGGGACUCAAAUUGUCCUCAUCCUCGUUCAUCAUAGUCAGUGUGAGCUACUCACAUUGUCUUAUCUCCAAUAGGGCAGGACUGGGGGCAACCAAGUACCAGGUGUCUACCAACUUGGUGGGGGCAGUGUAAAGCAUCACCAAUUGGAGGUCUUUUUUAGUAUAUUCAAUGUGUGUCUCUCUUUCUUUCAUGUACUUUAUCCAGUGAUGUUGUGAGCAGAUGAAUGAGAAUAAAUUCGGAGUCACAAAAAAUAUUUCUGUUGUG